AUGAGUGCUGGAGGAGGAACUCCUUAUAUUGGCAGUAAAAUAAGUCUGAUAUCCAAGGCACAGAUUCGUUAUGAGGGAAUUCUGUCUUCUGUCGACACAGACAGGUCCACGGUGGCUUUGGCUAAAGUUAAAUCCUAUGGCACAGAGGACCGCCACACAGACAGACCAGUUCCACCCAAAGAUGAAAUUUAUGAAUAUAUCAUCUUCAGAGGAAGUGACAUCAAAGAUAUUACUGUGUCUGAGCCUCCAAAGCCACACCAUGGUCUGCCUCGAGACCCUGCCAUUGUUCAGUCAUCCAUUGGCAGCUCCUCUUCUGCGUAUCACCCACGCUGGAGUCCUUACAGGGACAUGAUGCCCACCUACAACCAGCUGGCUGCUAGUUCUCUACUCAACCAGCAGUACAAUGCAGCACUGGGCCUCGUGCCAGGACUUCACGGCCAGGCCAGAAGAGCCCCCAUGGUGGAGCAGGCCGUCCAGACCGUGCCUCUGGCCGGCGCCGCACAGAAAAAGGGGAAGGCCUCAACCCAGCCUCAGAGCAGACAGCCCGUCCGACCCAACCAGCGCUCUGGUCGAGACGGCUCCCAGGUUCAGAAGGAGAAUGUACCCACCCGCAGAGCAUCAUCUCAGCAAAGUGCAGCCAAGGUUCAAGGCCAAGGCACUGAAAACCAGAAACAAAGGCAAAAACAAGGCAGCCGCAGGUCCAGGAACAGAAGGAGAGGCCAACUUCUGGUGAAAAACCCCAAGGCUACAACUUUGGAGUUUGAGUCAGACUUUGAUUUUGAAACGGCAAAUGCUCAGUUUAAAGAUGAUCUUACGAAGGAGGUUGUGGUGGAGAAAGUUGAUUCUGGGGAGACCCAGGACAGCCCGGGUAUACAGGAGGAGGAAACUCUGGGAGAGAAGUACUACGACAAGACCAAAUGCUUCUUUGAUAACAUCUCAUCAGAUCUGAAACCCAGGAGAACUACCUGGGCGGAGGAGAAAAAGUUGAACAUUGAAACGUUUGGCGUGCCUGGUCGCUUCCUGAGAGGCAGAGGAUUCAGAGGCCGUGGGCGCAAAGGACAGAGCACCACCGAGCAGCGAGCACUCCCAAAAGUUGGCAGCGGGAGAGUGUAAAGGCUUUUCUUUUUUGUUAAUGCUACUGUAAAUAUUGUAGUUUUCUACUUAUUUAAAAAGUACCUCCCUGUUCUCCCCCAUUUUGAAGCACUUUAAGUGGUAUGUUUUUGUUUUUUUUUUCUUUAUCCCAAAUGUGCAUUUAGGGAAUCUUGUACUUUGGAUCCUUUAUAUGAAAUGGGAGAGCAAUUUCUUUUAAAGCCAGCAGCUGUGCACUUAAAGCAAAUGUAUUCAUCGUUAGCUUGGAAGCAUGCAAUGUGGAAUUUGUCUUUUGAAAAGACCAGCAGGCAUGUCUUUUUUUUCUUUUCUUUUUUUUUUUCUAAAUGUCUGAAUGUAUUAACUUAUGACUGUCUGAUUGCACAAAUGUGACUCCAAAGAGGUCUUGAAAGGCCAUCUUCUCAAAAUUGACAGACAGAAGUACUUUGUUUUGUUUUUUUCUCCCUAUUUGUAAAAUGAAAACUAUGGAGAAACAUGUGUAACAGUUGCUAUUAAAUAACAUGAUAAAACA